AUGUCAGGUCAUGCUGGUCUAAAGUCUUACUAUCUUUCUAAGAUAGAAGACCUGACUCAUAGAGUUCAAGCCAAAAUGGCUGAAGUAAAACGCCUUGAAGCCCAGCGCAACGAAAUGAACAACCAAGUCCGCAAUCUUCGUGAAGAAAUCCAGCUCUUGCAAGAACCGGGCUCAUACGUAGGCGAAGUUGUCAAAGUUAUGGGCAAGAAAAAGUGUCUCUGCAAGGUGAAUCCUGAAGGAAAGUUCGUUGUAAAUAUAGCCAAAGAGAUCCCACUUGACAAAUUGACCCCUAACACUCGUGUUGCCUUAAAAAGUGACUCAUAUCAGCUUCACAAGAUUCUUCCCAGCAAAAUUGACCCUCUAGUCAGCUUAAUGAAGGUCGAAAAAGUGCCUGACUCGACCUAUGACAUGAUUGGAGGCUUAGACCAGCAAAUAAAAGAAGUCAAAGAAGUCAUUGAGCUCCCUAUUAAGCAUCCAGAAAUAUUUGAAGCCUUAGGAAUUGCGCAGCCUAAAGGAGUUUUACUAUAUGGCCCACCAGGAACAGGGAAGACUUUAUUAGCAAGAGCUGUUGCCCAUCAUACUGACUGCACAUUUAUCAGAGUUUCCGGAGCUGAAUUGGUCCAAAAAUACAUAGGAGAAGGCUCCAGAAUGGUAAGAGAGCUCUUUGUGAUGGCUAGAGAGCAUGCACCUUCUAUUAUAUUUAUGGAUGAAAUUGACUCUAUAGGUGGUACCAGGAUUUCAGGGGAGCAUGGAGGGGAUUCUGAAGUCCAAAGAACUAUGCUUGAGCUGCUAAACCAAUUAUUCCCCAAUCCCUCAGCCAAAAAUAAUUCCAAUAAGCAAAUUUCUUAUUUUAAUAGAAAAAUAUUUUCAUUAAAGCAAAAAAAAAAUAUAAUUUCUUAUAGAAAGAAUAGACGGAUUUGAAGCCAAUAAAGACAUCAAGGUUAUCAUGGCCACCAACAGAAUUGAUAUCCUUGAUGAAGCUCUAUUAAGACCUGGAAGAAUUGACAGAAAAAUCGAAUUUCCAAACCCCGACGAAGACGCCAGAGCCCAAAUCUUAAAAAUCCACUCCAGAAAAAUGAACCUAACUAGAGGAAUUGACUUCAAAAAGGUCGCAAGUAAUAUGAAUGGCGCUUCAGCUGCAGAAACCAAAGCAGUUUGCACAGAAGCUGGGAUUUUUGCAUUAAGAGAAAGAAGGGUGCAUGUGACUCAAGAAGAUUUUGAGCUUGCUGUCGCAAAAGUGAUGAAAAAAGAUACAGAUAAGAAUUUAUCAUUUGCUAAGCUAUGGAAAUAA